UAACACAAGAAAUUGAGUUUUGGAGCAAAAAAAAGUGAAUCCAAAAAUGGGAUUCUUAUUGUUCUUAUUGUUCCUCUUAGCUAAUUCAGCCUCAGCAAAAAGAACCACUUACAUAAUCCAUAUGGACAAGUCAUUCAUGCCUAAGGCUUUUACUAGUCAUGAGCAAUGGCACUCUUCAGUUCUUGAAACUGUCAUGUUGAAAGAUACAGCAAGUGAAAGUUCUACCAAGCCGACUAGGCUUCUUUAUUCGUAUGACAAUGCAUUUCAUGGAUUCAGUGCUGUUAUGUCUGAGGAUGAAUUGCAAGUUCUUGAAAAAUUGCCUGGUUUUGUCUCGGCUUAUGCUGAUAAAAUGGUCACUCUUGACACUACUCACACGUUUGAGUUUCUCGGUCUGAAUCCUGAGUCAGGACUAUGGCCAGCUUCUCAUCAUGGCGAAGACGUGAUUGUUGGUGUCAUUGAUACUGGAGUAUGGCCAGAGAGUCGGAGUUAUAAGGACGAUGGGAUGACUGAAAUUCCGUCAAGGUGGAAGGGUAUAUGUGAGCCUGGACAAGAAUUUAAUGCUUCAAUGUGUAACAAUAAGUUAAUUGGUGUUCGAUACUUCAACAAAGGAGUUAAAGCUGCAAAUCCUAAUAUUACGAUUAGUAUGAAUUCAGGCAGGGAUACACAAGGUCAUGGCACGCAUACUUCAUCAACUGUUGGUGGAAACUAUGUCGAGGGUGCUUCAUUUUUUGGCUAUGCAACUGGCACAGCAAGAGGGGUCGCUCCACGUGCUAGGCUUGCUAUGUAUAAGGUAAUUUUUGAUGAAGGACGCUUCGCUUCUGAUGUGCUUGCUGGUAUGGAUCAAGCUGUUGCUGAUGGUGUCGAUGUGAUAUCCAUCUCUAUGGGAUUUGAUAAUGUUCCAUUGUAUGAAGACCCUAUUGCCAUAGCUUCAUUUGGUGCUAUGGAGAAAGGCGUUCUUGUUUCCGCAUCAGCAGGAAAUGCAGGUAUCACUCCUGGAAUACUCCACAAUGGAAUCCCCUGGCUCUUGACUACUGCUGCUGGCUCUAUUGAUCGCGUCCUCUCAGGAAAAUUGACUCUUGGAAAUGGACAAGUGAUCACUGGUUGGUCAAUGUACCCUGUUAGCGCCCUUGUCAACGAGUUCCCACUUAUCUACAACGAGUCAAUAUCGAGUUGCAAUUCAACUUCCUUAUCCAGCUUCAAUUAUGGAAUCAUCAUAUGUGAAAAUGGACAUUUCCUUGAUCAAAUAAAUACCAUUGCUGAAUCCUCUGCCCCUGCUGCUAUAUACAUCUCUGACGAUCCAAGAAUUUUCCAGAGAGAAGAAUUUGCAUAUCCUGGUGUUGUUAUCAGUCCUGAAGAUGGAGCAGCUGUGAUCAGUUAUGCUAAAUCUGGUGCCAAUCCUGUUGCCAGCAUUAGCUUCCAACAGACAUUUGUGAGAUCAACACCAGCACCCGUCGUUGCAACUUACACAUCACGAGGUCCUUCACCUAGCUAUCAAGGAAUCUUGAAGCCAGACAUAAUGGCACCAGGGUCAUUAGUCUUAGCAUCCUGGAUUCCCAAUCGUUAUACAGCUUCAAUAUAUCCAGAUAUCGGAUUGAGCAGUGAAUUCACAAUGAUUUCAGGAACAUCCAUGGCCUGUCCACAUUCCUCUGGCAUUGCUGGACUUCUUAAAGGCGCACAUCCUGAAUGGAGUCCAGCAGCAGUCCGAUCUGCAAUGAUCACUGGUGCCAUCAACAUUGACAACACAAAUUCUCCCAUCAAAGAUUCAGGCCUAAACUACAGUAUCGCGACUCCUCUGGCUAUGGGAGCAGGGCUAGUUAAUCCAAACUUCGCCCUGAAUCCAGGUCUUAUAUAUGAUGCCACACCACAAGACUACAUAAACCUUUUAUGCGCCAUGAAAUUCACUCACAAGCAAAUCUUGACGAUCACAAGAUCAUCAACCUACACUUGCCAAAAUGCAUCUUCUGAUCUUAACUACCCAUCAUUCAUCACUCUAUACACAAAUGAAACUGCAGCAACACUGAGUCAAAAGUUCGUUAGGACAGUGACAAACGUUGGUGAUGGCCCUGCUAACUAUUCUAUUAAUAUGGUCGUGCCAUCGAACACAAACAUAAGUGUUUAUCCUUCAAGAUUGUCCUUCAGCAGCAAGUAUGAGAAGCUAAGUUAUACAUUGACAGUUGAAUAUAGCGGUAACAAAACUGGAGAAGUUGUAUUCGGAUCUAUAACUUGGGUGGAUGUAAUUGGUCUCCAUGCUGUAACAAGUCCAAUUGUGGUUGCACCAAUGAUCCAUACUUGGUAAUCAC